AUGCUCAAAAAGUCACCUAUAUUACCUGUCUAUGGCACACUACGACGGCCUACCUUUAGAAACCUUGCAAGGAUUUUUAAAAUAAUAAUUUGGCCACUUGUGUUUGGUUACCUUGCAUUUUCUGUCAUUUUAUCUUCUAUACAUCUUUUCGAGCAUCUUAAUCCUAGAGGAUUUAGAUCUCGAAAAGCUAUAUUACCUAUAAACAAAACAUAUGAUACAAACAACACAUCUCCGUUAUCAGAAAUGCCUAAUGAAUAUCGUUUUUUAAAAUUGCAUUCCGCAAGUUCUCAGUUAUCUCCAGAUAACAUUUUUCCUUUUUAUUUCCGCUCAGAGUUGACACCAAAGGAAGAUGAUAUAACGGUUACUACUUUUGUCACUCAGGAUAAUUAUGAUGAUUUAGUAAGAUUAGCAAAAGCAUGGCAAGGACCUAUAUCGGCUGUUCUUCACUUACAAACUGAGAACUUGAGAAAUGACGACCCAGAGAUUAUCAAUGUACUUCACACAUUCGCUAAUCUUUAUAAGGAAAAUUUAAAUAUUAAACGUCACGUUGAUAUUCAUGUGGUUGCAGGAUUAAAUAUAUCAAAAAUUCCAAAACUCUCUAAUAUUCAUUUGAAUAUCGCAAGAUUUUUUGCUCGAACCGAAUUUGUACUUUUCCUUGCUCAAGAUACAUGGCCAUCACCAAUGGCGAAAGAUCAUCUUAAACAACACAAGAAAUUGCUUAUGGAAAAUGAUAUUUUAGUUUUACCAGCUUUCUCCUUUACUGAAUUUGCUGAUAAUUAUGAUUUUCCAAAUACCGUUGAUGAACUGAUACAUCUUGUUCAACUUAACAUUAUGGGGAUAUAUGAUAAAGGAUGGCCAUUAAAUAAAGGACCUACAGAUUAUGAAAAAUGGAUCGACAUGGUAUUAUAUAAUGUAUCAUUUGGUUAUGAUUCAAUUUAUCAGCCAAAUUUUGUUGUGAAACGAGGGAGAGAAAUUCCUUGGUGUACUGAACGAUUUGAUACUUUUGAGAAGAGUAAGGCAGCUUGCUUGUUACAAAUGUAUUUUAAUGGAGCGGAAGUAUGGGUAGUACCCGAAGCUUUCGUAAUACAACAUCAAUAUAACCAAGUAUACACUCUUUUAGAACAACAAGAAUCUAGAAUAGAGAAAAAAAUUUACGAACGUAUGUAUCUCAAAUUCUUUCGCGAGGCAUGUAUGUAUUAUGCACGAAUCAUUGACGGAUUAGACGAAUGGAGAACACCAAGAGCAAGUCAUAUUAAACAACAAUGCCCAAAAAUAAUAUCAAAUUGGGGACUUUUUUCAAAGAAAAUUAAACGUUAA